GUACGGUCGCUAACCGUGAUUCCGUCGUGACUCGUGGUGCCUCGUCUUCGAGUGUGAAUCCCUUUCCCGUGAGCAAGCAGAGGCGUUAGGAAAGGUGUUGUCUUAAAAUAUCAUUAUUAGAAGUUGGUCCAGCGCUCUCAUCGCCUGCAUGUAUGCAAAGGAUAAUCACCACCCCCUGGUUUCGAUUUGAGUGCCAUCGAUUCGUGACCUGAAGGCACGGAUUAUCGCUCGGCGAGGUGUUUGACGUUCGAUUUUUCCUCGGAUGCUCUGAUGCCGCGUAGCGAGUGUGAGAAGAUAAUGCGAAAAUAUCGAUUCGUAAUGGUGUCACUCGUGCGAUUCGUACCGUUCUCGUGCUAAAUGAACGCGAACCUCCUCCCGAUCGGUGACGACUGCUACGACGACGGGGGAACCAUGGGAAGAAGAAUUGCAUAAAUUACAUAACUUUUCUACCCAAAAACCGGCGAAUGGUUCGAAUAGUGGUAGGUUAUAUGUGGCAUGGAUUACUUUGAUUGCGAUCCUGGCGCGUGGGUGCGGGAGAGACUCGCCAACCAGCCAACUGGGUUCGAGGUCGAGCAAUUGAAGCUCCUCUUCUCGUGUCGUUGCUCGUUGAGUGGAAGAUAAUUGCUUCUAAGUGAGUUGUAAAUUGAACAAAAGCGUUCCAAAAAGUCGACUCAAUUUAAGGGAACUGGCGGCUCGGCGAUGGUGGAACUGACAUGGAAGUGAGUCCACUUUGACUGACACCGGAAAAAUUCCAUUAGUGAUCCACUUAAGACAUCGAAGAAAACAAAACAACAACGGUACCAGGGCUUAAGAGAACUGGGUGUGCGGGUGAUUGAUGGAUCGAUGACCCUCCCCGCCUCCUAUUGUCGAUCAUUGGUUAGUUAAUCGUGAGCGCCAAAGUGAAUUGAUCCGGCAAGCGGAAAAUUAAAGCGAAGCACGUGUUGUGCUCCCAGUAGUGCACUGUUGUUGUUGUUGUUGUUGUCGUUGAAGGAAUCCCAGCAGGCGGCGGUGGAGAGUGAGAUUGCGAGUGCAGCUGUGAGAAGAUUAAUGAUUUUGAUCCACGCUGUCAACGUGGUGCGUUCGUGUGUUAGGAAGCGUGGAGGAGUGUGAAGAAAAUUGAAAGCAGGAAAAAUCCGUGUAGUGGGAAGCGUUUAUGGUAAUAAUGAUGAUGUCGGUUGCUGGAGUUGUUUGGAGCCAAUAGUUGCCGCGAGGCCAAGAAGAGAAGGAAAUCAAAGGGAGUGGAGUGAGAGUGUAACAAAGUAUAGGAAGCAGGAAAAUAAUACGAUUAUAAAUUAAAGCUGCCAGCAGCUGUUUGUGUCAAGUGGAAAACUCGCGCGCUAACCUUCCGCAUGCUGGCUGCAUGCAUGCAUGAGGGAAUCUGACAGAUGUUAUUAUUGUUGUUUGGUGAUGCUUCCGAUGAUGUCGGUGGCAUGUUGCUGUUGUGCGUAAACAGCGAGGUGUAGCCCCGAAGGCAGUGUUCCGUCAAACAAGGACAGGCGCAGCAGGAGCCGAGAAACGGAGGACAGAGAACGGCAAGCGGCUCGUAAUGGAAGCUUAAAGUACAUGCUCAGCAAUCUUUGAAAUAUGGGCUUCAAUGAGCCACAUCGUGAAUAAACCACAAACACUCCUAGCAUAAACCAACAAUCUCCGGUUAAUCGAGAGCAUCCGGACCAAGGAACAGGGGGGGAGGGAGAGAGAGAGGAAUCAAAUCCGUUCGCUAGCCCGGAACGGGUAUCAGCCUGCUGAGAAGAUGUCCCUCUUCCUCCAUUGCUUGGCAGCGGACAGAAGAACCGAAACGACGGCAUGAUGUUACGGUGGCCCAAACUGGGGCUCACACAGCCCUACUACAAGUAUCUAUGGCGCUGCUGGUUGCUAGUUGGUCUAAUCCUGCUUCAGCGCAUAAGCUACGGUCGGAUGGAGGAGAUCCUUCGAUUGCGGGGUGGCGGACGAGGAUCCGCCGGAGGCAGCGGGGGACAACAUCAUCAGCAACAGCUGCAACAGUUGGAAGAACAAGAACUCUUUUCGUCGUCUUCCUCGAACGAGAUUGAAUGCCCGAGCUUUGCGGAGAACUCGGCCUGUCCGUGCUACAAGUUUGACGAUGGAUUGUUCCUCGAGUGCCCGAGCAUUACUGCGGUAGCUCUGCGCUCGACGCUGCAGCUCAUCUCGUCGCCAAUCCAGUCGCUGUCCGUGUACGAGUUUGACCGUUCGGUCAAAUCCCUUACCGCGGAUCUGUUCGCCUCGGCACACACGUCGUCCCUCCAUGGUGGCAGUGGCAAAGGCAGCACCAGCCCCGGCAACGAUGUCAACAUCCGGCAUCUUCAAUUUUCCCAUUCCAACCUCCAGCAGCUGAAGGAGAAUAGUUUGAAUAAUUUACGAGCGCACUUAGAGAGUUUAAGUAUUGUAAAUGGAAAAUUGACACAAGUGCCCCCGAAAGCGCUGGCCGGCAUGAAGAAGCUGAUGGUGCUGGACUUUGAGCAGAACGAAAUCGCCACCAUCGAGGAGUAUGCCUUCCACGGGCUGCACCUGGUCAAGCUGAACAUGAAGGGUAACCGGUUGGAGCGGAUUCCGGAAAAUGGCCUUUUCGGUCUGGAGGAUUCCCUGGCGGAGUUGGACUUUUCCGAGAACCGCCUGAAGCAGUUCCCGACGUCGGCACUGAAGCGGCUGGAGAAUCUCCGCUCGGUGCGCCUGUCGAUGAACGAGAUCAACUCGCUCGAGCAGGACGAUAGCUAUACGCGGUUCGGGUCGUUGGUGUUUCUCGACUUGAGUUUGAACAAUUUCGUGGAACUGUACAGUGAUGUGUUCGGGGCGUUUCCGUACGUGAAGACACUGUCGUUGUAUAACAACUUCAUCGAGCUGGUGCACCGGGAUAGCUUCGUGUCGCUGAAGGAGCUGCAGUCGUUGGAUCUGAGCCACAAUCGGAUAGUGUUUGUGGAUGCGGAAGUGUUUGCCGCGAACCGGAAGGUGCACACCAUCGAUCUGAGCCAUAAUCAUAUACACUACGUGAGUGGAGUGUUCGCCAAUCUGCCUCUGUUGAGGGAGAUUUUUCUGAGUGAGAAUAAUAUCCUGGAACUGACGGAUGAUUGUUUUAGCAAUUCGAGUAGCAUUAAGGUGAUUUAUUUAGAGAAUAAUUCGAUUCAACGCCUCGACGCGGAGACGCUGUCAAGUUUAUACAGCCUGGAGCAGCUGUAUCUGAGCGGGAACCACAUCCGGCGCGUUCCGAUGGGAUUCUUCGAAACGACGAGCAAACUGCAGUCGCUGAGUUUAGAUAAUAAUUUGAUAAGCGAGCUGGAUGUACGGGUGUUUCGGCGGCUGCUCAGACUGCGGGAGAUUCGACUGAACGGUAAUCAGCUUCGGCUGAUCCAGGAGCAGUUGUUCGGGACGCUGCAGGGUCUGAUGGAGCUCCAUUUGCAAAAUAAUGCGAUUAGGGUGAUUGAGAGGAACGCCUUCAAACACUGUCGACUGCUUCAAUACAUCAAUUUGCAGGAGAAUGAGUUGGACGAGAUUGAUAUAAUUUUCUCCUACUCGACGGAGGCCACCGCCAACCACCUGCAGCAGCCGCUGACGGCACGAGGGAAGCUGAUUACGACCAAAACCGGCACUAAUGAUCCAUCAUAUUUCGGAGAAUUGGAUCCGGCGGCAUCGUCUGCGUUGAUUUCGAUUCAGCUAAACUCCAAUUCCAUCAAGUAUCUCCAUGGACACUCGUUCCAGGGCCAGAGCAGUGUGCAAAUCAUCUGGCUCGAAAAUAAUCAGCUCAAGAGCUUAGACAAGGUGCUGCUAGUUGAUUUGAUUCAAUUGGAGAGGCUUUACUUGAGGAACAAUACCCUGUCCAGUAUCGAAUCGAAUGCUUUCGAUUCGCUUCGAAGGCUUCGAUAUCUAGAUAUGAGUCUCAAUAGGUUGUCCAGUAUGAAUGAGAAACUCUUUAAGAAUUUAGCAGAACUGGAAGAGCUGUUAUUAAACGAAAACCAAUUGCAGAAGCUACCGUCGAAUGUUUUCGGGCCACUUCACAAGCUUCGUUCACUGGACCUGAGUGAUAAUCCCUUGGGGAUUCUCGAGACGAGCGUCUUCCAACCGAAUUUCUCCGUCAGUGUGAUAAAUCUGAAAGGCUGUGAAUUGAGUCGCAUCGAACCCGAAGCAUUCAAGGGUCUGCAGAACCUAAAUGAACUGAAUCUGGACGACAACUACCUGAGACCCGAUGACAUCAAGCAAAUUGACGCCAGUUCGCUGAGAACCCUCCGGUUGACGUCCAACAACUUCACCGUAAUCCGGGAAAGCACCCUGGACCGAUUGCCCUCCCUUCAAGUCCUGGUCCUUGAGCGUUGCUCCAUAAGAGACCUUCCCUACUCGCUGUUCAGUAAGAACAACAAUCUGGUCAAGCUGGACUUGAGUCACAACUUCCUCCGCUCCCUCAAGCGCAACAUCUUCAACAACCUGAAUGUGUUCAAAGAACUCCGUCUCCACAACAACAACAUCAACGAUUUCCCUCACACUGCCUUAUCCAACAUCUCAACCCUGGAGAUCCUAACCCUAUCCCGCAAUCAACUGACCAACGUCGACUUCUUCAAACUCCACGGUCUCCCCAAUCUUCGACAUCUGGAUCUCCAAGACAACAUCAUCUCGUCCUUAUCCGGCUUCAAUACGGUCACUCUCCCGCAUUUGGAUAUGAUCGAUCUGAGUGGCAACCUGCUGCUAGCCCUCCCGGAAAACUUCUUCAAACACUCGAUCAGUCUCCAGCGGAUUGACCUGUCCUGUAAUCGGUUCAAUCAAAUCCCGAAUGCUGCCCUAUCGGAAUUCUCCCUGGCCCGGCUCGCGUGGCUCAACCUUACCGGAAAUCCCCUGCAACAAAUUCACCACACCAUGUCCGUGGACGCCGACCAGCGUCGUUUCCCCUAUCUCAAAGAACUCCACAUCAGCCAAACAAACCUGACGAUCCUCACGAGCAAGGAUUUCGACAUCUACCCGGCCCUGCAACGUCUCUACCUGGUUCAGAACCGCAUCAACCGAGUUUCACCGGGAGCGUUCGUUGCUCUAUCCAACCUGCAAAUCCUGGAUCUCAGUGUCAACGAGAUCGAGAUGCUACCCAAGGAACGCCUCCAGGGCCUUCGCCUGCUGGAAAUCCUCAACAUUUCGACCAACAACAUCAAAGAGCUGGACGAGUUCACCGAUGACCUGCAAAAGUUGAAGAUCCUGGACAUUUCCUCCAACCAGUUGGAGCGAAUCCAGAAGAACACCCUCCGGCACUUGGUGGCCCUGCAGGAGCUGUACCUGCAGGGAAACCGAAUUCGCAGCAUAUCGUCGGAUGCAUUCCGCUCGCUACGGGCGCUCGUUACGCUGGAUCUGCAGAAGAACUUCUUCGAGGAUGUUCCGCUGAGGGCACUGAAGCCGCUGGAGACGCACCUGAAGCAGCUGCGGUUGGAAGAAAAUCAUCUCAACUGUUCGUGUGACACGCAGGAACUGUGGGAGUGGUUGGGCGAUCACCGGAGGUGGACCAGCGACAACGUGCGAUGCGAGCAACCGGUGGAGGUGCAUGGCAAGAGUCUCCUCACGAUGGAACCGCAAGAAUUUUGCGACAUCCCGCUGAUUUUGAAGAUUGCUAUCCAGGACAUUCAACCGUACUCGGUGCUGGUUUCGUGGCAGAGUCGGGAACAUUCCGGUCUCCACGGGUACCAUGUGAUAUUCCACUCGUUGGACACGGUGGAGGAUAUUCGUGGAAAAACGCUAAACCGACUGGCCAAUUCUGCUAAACUGGAUCGUCUGUCAUCGAAUACGCGGUAUUUGAUUUGUGUGCUCGGGUUAGGCAACUGGCUCUCGUAUCAGAGUGACAUCCACAGCCUACUGAACCAAUCGAAUCAGAUUCAAAAUCAGGUUCUGAACAAUCAAAAUGGCUACAUGAAUGGCGAGCUGGAUGCUUCGUUCUCCAACACCUUGCUGUCGCUGAUGAUGGACACUCCGACGUCCAGGUGCACCGAGGUGAGGACGUUGGAUGCUAUCGGGCCGAACCCGCUGGCUGAGGUGGAUGGGAUGUCCAGUCAGGGUAUCAUACACUCAAUCCUAACCAGAAGGUUGGGCCUGAUAGUGGGUUGCUGCCUGGGGAUAAUCGUGUUUAUUGUCCUCGUUUCGGUCUUGGGAUAUCUGAAAAUCAAAAAGCAAAGGCUGGAUGCAGCCAAGCGACAGCAGCAACCGAUGGCACCGGAAUUCAUCUCGUACCGGCAUUUCUCCAUCCCAAACGAUGAAAACGGAAGGGAUGGAGUGGCGGCUGCGGGUGGGACGAACAGUUUCCUGCAUAAUAAUCAUCUCCAUCAACAUCAUCAUCAUCAUCAUCAGCAACAACCGCAGCCAGCCACCACGGUUGAAGGACAUCCGAGCUUUAUAUCCGGGGCAGUGCUGGGAACGACGACGACCCUGAACGGAGGCGGCACCGUUCCCGGUGGCGAGGAACGGAAGAAGAUUUUCAUUGACAGUUGAAAACAAUAAGGACCACCUGCGCAGAAUAUCGGGCUUUGUCAAUUAGGUUGUUGAUUCCACCAUCUUGUUUUCCGAUUUUAUAUACCGAACAAACACAAAUCUCUAGUCAGCUAGAAACUAAUCUGCUUCCUUCUGCUACUCUUCUACUCGCACACCACGGUUAGAAGAACCGGAGAACUGAAAAUUGAAACAACGAGCAAAAUGAAACUUACGAAACAUACCUACAUAAAUCAAAACAAAACAAAA